AUGGACGAAGGUGCACAUCAAUCGAUAACACAACAUCAGGCGUAUAUUACUCCAACAGUAGAAAAUAUUGAUAUCCAAACUUCUGUUAUUAUCCCUCACGAAGGCAAUAAUUAUAGAAUCUUCAUUUCUACUGAUAAAAUGCAAUGUUUUAUUUGUAAACACGCUAAUCACAUUGCAAGUAACUGUCCUAACUCAACACCUGUGGAUCCUGAGGAAUCUGAAACUACCGCUCAUGCUGAUAAUCCUGUGGAAUCUGAAAUUAGCGCUCAUGCUGAUACUCCUAUGGAAUCUAAAAUUACUGCCCAUGCCAAUACUUCUGCGGAACAAAGUACUUCCUCUCCUACAGAUUUUAGCUCUUCCCCAGAAACUCUGCAAAAUUUAAAUGAUAGUCUCCGCACUGGCCAAAAGAGAAUUCAUCCUAGCUCUAGUGACCAAAAUAGCCCUCCUGAAACCCCUUAA